AAUGUUGCAUGUAAGAAGCCGAUGUGUACUUGUUGCUGCCGCUUUUUUCAUCUAAUGAAUAUCUUUAAACCCUCACUUCUAAAGUUUGAAACAUUCUUCAGUUUGUUUGGUUUGUAUUUAUGUAUUCAUUUCAACAGCUUUGACUUGUUUUUGUCUCGGAGGUGCUUCCACCCCAGUGUGAUCUUAUAAGCAUCCUCCUUCUUGCAGGAGUAUUUUCAGUCAGGUCAGCAGGAUGCUGAAGGGCAGGUUCAGGGCAGGCUCAGGGAAAGCUUGAAUUGGCCAGUCAGAUCAGCCUCGUCCUCAUGGGUAGAGCUGAAUGGUCAAAGCAGCGUGUCUGAUCUGUUCAUGGAUUUUACUUCCGGGUUCAGUGUGUACAGCUCAAGCUCCUCAUCGUACUCACUGGAGGUAACCACACAAUGAAGGCAGAUAGGAUGUGAGGCCAUUGGAAAGCCUUGGAGCUGUCACUCAGUGUUGUGGUAUUAUGUUUUUCUUUCCACACAAGAUUUGUUUGGUGGGGUCUGUAGAGCCCAUGCAGAUAGAUGCUGACCCUCAGGAAGACCAGCAGAAUGCGCCUGACACCAACUAUGUUGUGGAAAACCCGACAUUGGAUCUAGAGCAGUAUGCCUCCAGUUACAGUGGGCUGAUGAGGAUCGAGAGGCUGCAGUUUAUUGCAGACCACUGCCCCCAGCUACGAGUGGAAGCACUGAAGAUGGCCCUGUCCUUUGUCCAAAGAACCUUUAAUGUUGAUGUCUACGAAGAAAUCCAUCGCAAACUCACUGAAGCCACAAGGGAUGUGCAAGGUGUCCCAGAUGCGGUACCGGAGGGGGCAGUUGAACCCCCUCCUCUCGACACAGCCUGGGCAGAAUCCACCAGGGAAAAAGCCCUGCUCAAACUGGAGAAGCUGGACACCGACCUUAAGAACUACAAGGGAAACUCCAUCAAAGAAAGCAUAAGGAGGGGUCAUGAUGACCUUGGAGAUCACUAUCUUGACUGUGGUGACCUCAGCAAUGCCCUGAAAUGCUACUCCCGAGCCAGAGACUACUGCACUAGCGCCAAGCAUGUCAUCAACAUGUGUCUUAAUGUAAUCAAGGUUAGCGUUUACCUCCAAAACUGGUCCCAUGUACUUAGCUAUGUCAGCAAGGCUGAAUCCACUCCAGAGAUAGCAGAGCAACGAGGAGAGAGAGAUAGUCAAAACCAAGCUGUUCUAACCAAACUGAAAUGUGCUGCAGGAUUGGCAGAGCUUGCCUCAAGAAAGUAUAAACCGGCUGCCAAGUGCUUCCUGCAAGCCUCCUUUGACCACUGCGACUUCCCUGAGCUAAUUUCCCCCAGUAAUGUAGCAGUGUACGGGGGCAUGUGUGCCCUGGCUACAUUUGACAGACAGGAACUGCAGCGAAAUGUCAUCUCAAGCAGCUCCUUUAAAUUAUUUUUAGAGUUGGAACCACAAGUCCGUGAUAUUAUCUUCAAGUUUUACGAGUCAAAGUAUGCAUCCUGUCUGAAAAUGCUGGAUGAAAUGAAGGAUAAUCUCCUCCUAGACAUGUAUCUGGCCCCUCAUGUAAGAGCACUGUACACACAAAUCAGGAACAGAGCCCUCAUACAGUACUUUAGCCCCUAUGUGUCAGCAGACAUGAACAAAAUGGCCGUGGCCUUUAAUACCACAGUGGCAGCUCUGGAGGAUGAACUGACCCAGCUGAUCCUGGAGGGCCUGAUCAAUGCUCGUAUCGACUCCCACAGCAAGAUCCUGUAUGCCAGGGACGUGGAUCAGAGAAGCACAACCUUUGAGAAGUCUCUACAGAUGGGCAAAGAGUUCCAGAGACGAGCGAAAGCCAUGAUCCUGCGGGCAGCUGUGCUUCGUAACCAGAUACACGUCAAGGUAACAGGGUCCCCAGGUCCCCUCCAAGAGAAGGCAGUCAAGGGGAGCUCACACCUGCCAACAGCCAAACACGAAUGAGCACCAAUAUGUGAAGGCUCGACCAGAUGCCUCUCCUAGGAAAGUACACGGGGCCACUGCCGCAUCUAAGGCCCCCGUUUAGAAAUCAAAUAUUUCCCUGCUGAAGAGAGAAAAAUCACAAUCUAAAGACUUUAUUUAAGUUGGGAAGAAGAUAUCUGUUGUCUGUAUUAAAGACACGCACACCCUGUUGCUCCAAUGAAAAGGAAAAAAAAAGAUAAAAAGAGAAAUGCGGCACUUAAGCUGUACUGACCUGUUGUUCUUUGUAAAGGAUGCACUUUCCUCUGUAUCUUGUGACAAACCUUGAUUACACAUUGAGAAACCUCAUCACAAAACAUGCUUUUAAAAUAAACAUACAUUCAAAAAGA